CGCAAGGUAGCCAAUACUCCAGAACAAACGACCCUCACGCAACAACUUUCUCCAACUCCUCCAAACUCCCGCGACUUCUCAAUCUUCUGCACUGAAAACAUGUCGGCCGAAAAGCGCCCAGCAGAGGAUUUCGGGUCCAACCAACUCGUGGUGAAGAGGACUAAUAGGCGGGACUCGACACAACUCGCAAUCAAGAACAACGCUGGCAAUGGCGCGCUCAUCCAAGCACAACCACGUACGAGCGGGCUACAAGCUCCCGUGAUGGAGCUGACGGGGCAUUCUGGGGAAGUGUUCGCGGCCAAGUUCAACCCUGAGGGCAAUUACAUAGCAUCUGGGUCCAUGGACCGGUCAAUAAUGUUAUGGCGAACCUACGGAGACUGCGAAAACUACGGUAUACUUAACGGACACAAGGGCGCUGUCCUAGACUUGCAUUGGUCGCGCGACUCGCGGGUGCUGUUCUCUGCGUCGGCAGAUAUGCACCUGGCCUCGUGGGACCUUGAAACGGGGAUGAGGAUACGAAGACACGUAGGACACGAGGAGAUUAUCAAUUGCAUGGAUGUGAGCCGGCGCGGCGAGGAGCUCCUCAUCAGUGGUAGCGACGACGGGUGUAUUGGGAUCUGGGAUCCGCGUACGAAGUCCGCCGUCGACUUCAUCGAGACGGACUUCCCCAUCACGGCUGUGGCGCUGUCGGAGGCGGGCAACGAGCUGUACAGCGGCGGCAUCGAUAACGAUAUCAAGGUGUGGGAUACGAGGAAGAAGGCGGUGGUGUACUCGAUGCUGGGGCAUAAUGAUACUAUUACGUCGCUGCGAGUGAGCCCGGAUUCGCAGACGCUGCUGUCGAAUUCUAUGGACUCCACGGUCAGGACCUGGGAUAUUCGCCCGUUUGCGCCAGCGGAUAGGAACGUCAAGACGUUUGAUGGCGCGAAUGUAGGAAUUGAGAAGAACCUCAUACGGGCGAGCUGGGACAAGGAUGGCAAGAAGAUUGCGGCUGGCGCGGGCGACGGCACAGCUGUGGUCUGGUCGAAUGAUACUGGGAAGCUGCUGUAUAAGUUGCCAGGCCACAAGGGAACGGUGAAUUGCGUAGAGUUCUCUCCGGGACCUGAACCAAUCAUUCUCACGGGUUCAUCUGAUCGCAACCUCCUCCUCGGCGAACUGAAGUGAUAACCGGUUGACGCGACGACGUAUAAUGGAUGAGAAGGAGCCCACGCUCCAAGGUGCAAGGGUUGCAACGCGGGGAAUUACAGAUCCCAGAAGAUUACGAAUAGUUGUGUACGAUGAUAAGAGUAAUCUGCUCGCCGGGAGCUUCGAUAUCUUGUACUGUAUAUUGGCAAGCAUAUAUCGAGCCCGUGAGGACAUGUGGGAGCGUCACGGUUACAUACCGAGGCUAUAGAUCAGGGGAGUGAUAUGGAAUCACCUUACCCUCGAUUACCUGGGUACAUUGUAACUGGGGAAUUGUCCAGACCUAGAUGCGGCCUUUCCAUCUUACAUACCACAGGGAAGUUCAAGACGGAGGAGAGUCUCUUUCUGGACAGCGCAAAUUUUAUGAUGCCGUAGCGCGGGAAAAUGAGAAGAGGCGGCACAAAAGUGACUUGCUUACGACACAUAAUACACAUUACCAUCCCUGAAGAUAACAAGAGUAUUAUACACGAAUUGGCAAUCCCAAUCUCUGGCAAUAAACUUUUUGAUUUA